UAUGUAUGGUGGGAGAAGAGAAGAAAAGGAAACAGAUCAGUUAAUUAUUUUGGUAGUUGGGUAAAAAGGGAGAAGAAAAAUGGCAGAAAAAGUUGUUCAUGUUCAUGCCUUUGAGGAUGUAGCUAAGCACAACAACAAGGACGACUGCUGGCUUAUCAUCAAUGCCAAGGUGUAUGAUGUGACACCAUUUCUGGAGGAGCAUCCUGGGGGUGAUGAAAUCUUGUAUAUGUCCACAGGGAAGGAUGCAACAAGUGAUUUUGAAGAUGUUGGGCACAGCAAAGAAGCAGAAGAGAAGAUGAAGGAAUUCUUGAUUGGUGAUUUUGAUGUAUCCACAUUGACAUAUCCAUCCAAUACUAAUACUCCUCCAACAAUUGCUUCUUCCACACCACCAAACCACGAAUCUUCCUCCUCCAAGAUUUUGCUAUUUAUACUUCCCCUCUUGAUUCUCGGAGUUGCUUUUCUUCUUCGUUUCUACUCCAAAAAUUAGUAUUCAUAUGCGUUUCUACGUCAUGUUUAAUUUGUCCCAACUUGUUGUUUCUCUACUAUUUGUACUAGUUGCGGGUAUAACAUAUAAUCUUCAAAUAAUAUGGCAUAUUCAUCGAUCAACACAAUAAUUAUUCAUUAGUUUGUCAUCAACCAA